AUGAACGCUCAGGCCACCACCUCACUCUCGGCGAUGGCGACGCUUCGCAGUAAUAAGGCGGCGCAAUCGACUUCGGUAGCUGGAGUGCCGGGUUCGCGGCAGCCACACUCGUCACGUCUUGCGGCACCGCUGUCCUCCUCUGCCGCUGCCGCGGCGCUUGCUCUCACAAGUAAGCAGCGUUUCGUGACAAAGGACACACUGCACAGCAUUGCCUUUCUCCUGCGUCACGUGGCAGUGCAGAUUGAGGCGGCCGCGCUGCAGGAUGUGAUGGCAGAUCCUGUGGCGAGCGAGUAUAUCAUGGCGAGUGUGGACCGUGCAGACGAGCUCAACAGCACCACCGCCAGCGCGAGCGCGCCGGCUGCGCCUUGCUUUCCCAGCGACGCAGACCGACCUGCCCAUCGUUCAAUGUCGUCAUCGGAGAGCGGGGCGGACUGGGUGGCUGACGCCUGGGUGCCCUCACCACGGCAUGACACGGUAACUCAGGGCAUGGAUUCACCGCUGUCGAGACCCACCACGGUGUCUAAUAAUUUGGUGCGCGUGCCCUCUAUGCCGACAUCGUCGUCUAUUGGGAGUCGGUCUCGGCAUGGUCGCCCCUCACUACCCUUGUCGGAGCUGCGUCGUCAGUCUCGCCCUGCUGUUAGCAGAACUCCCAUUGAGCAGGCGAUUCACGCCGCGAUCGCUGCUGCCAGAAGCCAGACACCCCCGUACAGCUUUCCAGAAAAGUGGUUUGGCCACCCGGCUGAGGCGGUUGCAUUGCAUGCCGCGCAGAGCUUGGCAAGGGACACUGUCCUCAACCCCAGCAUGAGGCAAGCCUUGGCGGCAACUGCGAAGGGGUUUCGACCCCAUUGGCAGGCGCCGGAAUUCUCCUCAAAGCAUGCUUUGACCACCAGCACCUCCUUUGUCGCCGUUUCACAAUCGGAGUCUCCGGGCACCGCCGUGACCUUACCGCCGCCGCCGCCGCCGACUAGGCCGGUCACUGCGACGCACCGCAGCCCCUUCUACAGCCGUGCUGACCAGAAGAAGGUGUUAGCGGUUGCCACCGCGCAGCCACCACUUUUUUUCGACAAUGUGCUACUCGAUCCUGAGACUAACCGCUACCUUUUCAGAGGCUGUGCGUUCCGUGAGGAGGCCCGAGUUCUACAGGCGCCUGCAGUGAGUGCUUCCCUGACAACGGCGUCUUACGUAGGCGACAGGGAGAGCAGAGACCACGCCAACAAGCCCUCGCGCGGCUCGUUGUCACCGUCGCUGCUCCUUGUGCGAGAGUAUAUCCCAAUCUCGGCGGAGUGCAGCGUUGUGGGGGAGGAGCUGCAGCCGCUCGACGCGAGUCGUGACGACACCGACGCCGUUGUGGUUCAGUGCUUCUCCCUCUUGCCAUCGCAGCUGGCGCACAUUCGGCCCAAUCACUACCAGCUGCUCCCCGAGAGCACCAUUGUAAGGUGCCUGCUUGUUGCGCUACCGGGCUGCGUGACACUUGCGACACCGCUGGACGCCUUCUUGCACAAUGUGCGGCACAGCCUCCUCAUGGUGGCAGGAUAUUCGCUGGACCGUCUCCUGGGUAAUCCGCACAGAGCAACGAAGGAGACCCGCCAGCCUGGCGGCACUCGCACGUCGUCGCCCACGGCAACUAUGACUUCCUCCACAUCUACCGCCCACGAAAGUAUCUUGUAUUCGAGUUCCUCGCUGGAAGUGACCUGCGGCGGCGAGGCCUCCAUUAUCUCAGCUUCUGGCGCUGCCACUAAGGCCUCGUUGGACACCACUGGGAGGGAUCGAGAUGCCGCGCGAAUCGCCGUAGUGCAGGAGAAACUUGCACAGGUUGUGCUACCGGACAUAGUCAACGAGGCGAUGCACGCCAUUUGCAGCACCCUUGUGGUGUACUGCACUCAGCGCGAGCAGUGGCGUCACAUACGAGUCGCCGUGGAUGCCGUGCUCGUGCUGCAGCGCUUCUUUCGCGGCUGCCUCGCGGUAAAGGAGCGCGCGGUGCGGCGAAUGAUGCGGUUGUGGCGCCGGCUCGAAGUAGAUGCACGACUGAAGCUGCAGCAGCACCGGCCGCUGCCAAGCGCAGUAGAGAAGAUAGACUCGGUGGCAAACAACAUUCUGCAGGAGCACAUGCUCACAUCGACGAGCUACAAGCGUGCGUUUAUUGAGGAGCAGUGGGCGCAGCGGCGUCGCUCCUUCGCUGCGUGGAGGCAGGAUAAGGAGUGGGACAGCGUGUUUGCGUCAGCCGGGUGGCGCAAGCAAAGCAGUGUAGAUGGCAAUGCCACCGACAGCGCAGCGGAGAAGCGAUUGCGUAGUGCGAGACUGAGCGCCGCAGAGCAGCUCCGCCUGGAGUCGGAGUUUAACAAGCGUCGAGGCUGGUCAAGCAGCGUCAUGCUGCAGUGCGUGGUGCCUCCUUCGUCCCCAACUGCUGCCGAGACGUAUGCUGAGCGUGAGCAAGUUGCAAUUCGUCGUCUUCUCAGCUGGUACAUAGACCCACGCGAGCUUCUCUACCUGAGUCAUCAGCGGUUGCUGGAGACCCUGAAGGGAUCCGUCUUUCGGAUGGAGGAGGUGCAGCUCGAGCUCAAGCGUGCCACAAACAGGGUGAUGCAGGAGGACAGUACAACACCGCUCACUGAUUCUGUGUCAUGCAACAGCGUUCAUCAGCGCAGGUAA